AUGACAAAUAUUGCAGCAAAACUUAAGUCUCUUGGAAUGGUGGUGGCUGAAAAUUUCCUUGUGCAAUUCAUUUUGAACUCAUUAUUGUCUGAGUAUGGUCCCUUCCAAAUGAACUAUAAUACCAUGAAAGACAAAUGGAAUGUGCAUGAAUUGUAUAGUAUUUUAGUUCAGGAUGAAGCCAAACUUAAGAAUCAGGGAAACCACUCUGUUCAUUAUGAGAAUAAUCAGGGAGUUGGAAAGAAAGUCAAUAAGAAACAUGGAAAGGACAAAGGACCAUUAAAGAUUGUCGAGUCCUCUACUAAGAUCCAUAAGAAAAAUGAAACAUGUCAUUUCUGUGGGAAAUCUGGACAUUUCCAGAUGAACUGCCCAAAACGUAAAGCUUGGUUCAAAAAGAAAAAUGAGCACAAUGCUUAUGGAUUCCUUACAAUCUGA